CCAUUGUUUUGAGAUCAGAGCCAACACUAAGCAGAUUCCAUUAUUCUUCUAGCUCUUCUAUUUCGUGAUUAUAUUCAUAAGAUUUCAUUGUCUAUUCCUUUGAUUAAUCUUGCUUUAAGACAUAUGUUCAUUCAUUUGUUGUUAUUCAAGAGUAACGUUGAGCUUUGAUCCCUUUUGCAAAAGUAUUUCUUUUUUCGUCGUAUUCUUUUAUAAAAAGUAUACAGGCACUGGUUCCUGGAAUGUCACGCCCUAAUCCAGAGACGCCAAACCCCCGUCAUGGAUAGAGGAAGCCCUAUCAAGCAAGUGAUGUAUGCACGAAGCGCAAGCUUUCUUACCACCUUACCAAGUCCCCCGAUGAUGUGGGCUCUUUUCGACAACAGUCACCCAUCACUCAUCGGAUACCUGGCCCCUUGUUUUUCAAAGCAAUACCAACUACAGACGCUCAUCCGGGUCAAGAUACAGACUGCAUCUUGCUAUAUAUCGUUCUCUCCUCACCCCGCCGGGAUGCCAAGACGACUCGAUAGGAAGAUGUUUUUCAUAAUCGCAAACCAAACCUACCUUGUAAAGAUCCCUACGGUAAACCGGUUUCUUUUUGACGUUUGGGUAAUCCUACUCCACUCGCUAGUGUGGGCCGGCGCAGCCCUCUGUUGGCUCGAAAGCAACAGUCUUGACUAAAGGAAACCACUACAGCAGGCAACUCCGGCCAUUAUCAUACCCAGGACCGGAUAUCUAGUCGUUCGUGAGGUAUUGGUUGUUGUUGUUG